GACCGACGUCGACGCAGACUUCGAGUCCGAAGACGACAACGAACCGCAAUCGUCGCCCUCCCGCGCGUCCUCGCGCCUCGACGCGUACCUCGACGACCGCGACGACGACGCGCCCUUCGGCGAGCCCACGCCCGGGCUGAUCGCGCAGACCGCGUUCGACGCGUACUUCGCUCUGCACGCGCGGCCCGCGCGCACUCCGCCGCCGUCUUCAGCCAGCUCGUCCCCGCGCUCGACGCACCCGCGUACGCGAGCGCCCUCGCGGGUCGCGGCCCUCAGCUCGCCGCACCUCCUCGAGAGCAAGAGGCUGUGGACGGACGAGAGGCUGCGCGCGGGCUUCUUCACGCAUGGGCGGACGAGCUCCGCGAGGGGUUCAGUCUGUUGUUCUAUGGGUAUGGGAGCAAACGCGGUGUGCUGAAUGCUUCGCAAGGUCGCUCACAAGCCGAGAAGGGACGCGGCGGCCACGUCGUCAUCGCGAAUGGCUUCUUGCCUGGCUUCGCGCUAAAAGACCUGCUCAACUCUGUCGAGCGAUCCCCGCCUGCAAGAGCGCUGGACGCGCAGAUGAGCUCGGGGGCGGGCGUAGACGCACAAGUUCAGAGGAUCUACGACUACUUCUCUAGUGCGGACGGGGACGAGAGGCUAUUCCUGGUGAUACACAACAUCGACGGGUCAGGCCUGCGCGGUCCAAAGGCGCAGACCGCCAUCGGUCGCCUCGCGCGCGCGCCACGGGUACACGUCGUCGCGUCCGUCGACAACGUCCAAGCCAUAGGCCGUUGGUCGCUCUCAGAGCUAUUCGCGCGCAAGGCAGCGCCCGCGGCAUCAGCGCCGCAAGAAGACACGUCAAGCAGACGUAAGGGCAAAGGCAAGGCGCGCGCUGUCGACGACUCGGCAGAGGGCGCAGAUACGUCUUACGACGUCCCCCGCCGUGGGUUCGCAUGGCUCUGGCACGACCUCACCACGCUCGCGCCGUACGACGCCGAGCUCGCUUCCGCAGACCCGUCCUCUAUCGCGGGCGCCUCUGCCAGCGGACGGCGCACACACCUUGGUGCCAGCGCCGCAGCGGGUGGCCCACGUCUGGUGAGCGAGACAGCCGCGAGGCAUGUGCUGGCUAGUGUCACGCAGAAGGCGCGGAGACUGUUCGUGCUGUUGGGUAGUAAGCAGCUCGAGCUCAUGGCGUCUGCGACGGGCGCUGCUGGCCCGGCCGCGGCCUCAGGCGAAGCGGGGACCGCAGGGCAAGACGCGGCGUAUGAUUACGAACGUCUCUUCGGUGCGGCGAGAGAAGAGUUUAUCGCGACCAGUGAUACGGCGUUGAGGGCACUGCUUGGGGAGUUUAGGGAUCAUGGACUGGUUGUAUCGGCCGUCGCCCCCGUCGGAGCUGGUGGGUCAGGGGGAGGGGAAGCUCUCUGGAUACCGAUGAGGCGGGAAGCGUUGACAAAGGUGGUGGACGAAUUGAAGAGGGAAGGGGCAUAAUAGGGCACCCAGGAAGAUACUCCAGAUGUACAGUAAUGACCAUGCCAAUACAGUCCAGCUUGCAAUGCAGUACAAAUGCCUCGGCCUCACCUCGCAAGGUCUCUCAGGAUGGGCACACUUCGCUGUCAACGAACAGAUAAGGUAUACAUUAAACGAUAAAAACGAGCAUAUUGACAGGAGAUCAUUCAUUUUCAUCAAAGUUCGUGUACCACAUUCAUCCUGUUCAUGCUUCUGCUGCUGCUG